AUGAGCUUCCGAUCUGCGACGUCGUUCCGCCUGGAUAUGUUACUGGGCAGCGGCGGUAGCGACAAUCUCGGACAUCUGAACAAGCUUGUUCAUGAAAUUAAUCAAAUGGUGGCAUCGUACAAAAGUUUGGUCCAGCUGAUAGGUACGUCCAGUGACAACGCCCAUGUGCGCGAAGAUAUGACUGCUCUCAGAGAACAAUGCCUGAAAACAUGUGAUACUGCCAAAAACUGUCUAUUGCCUCAGUUGAAGAGGUAAUU